UUUUCUUUUGGACCGUUCUGUCAAUUCGGUUCGCUACGAAGCGCGAGCUAAAUCUUAGGUAAUCUCAGUUUUAUUCGUUAUUUAUUAUACAAACAGUGACGAUUUGUAAAGAGAAUUCUUUUGCGAUUCUUAGUGAUACAUUAUUUCCACUUAAAAGUUAUAAAAAUAAUUAACAUUCUAGUGAUAACCUCUUGUUUCACGGUGUUUUGACAACCAUGGUGCGUAUGAACGUAUUGAGUGACGCCUUAAAAUCUAUACAUAAUGCUGAAAAGCGAGGGAAAAGACAAGUCCUCAUCAGGCCCUGUUCCAAAGUCAUCGUUAAGUUUUUAACAGUGAUGAUGAAGCACGGUUACAUCGGAGAGUUUGAAAUCGUUGAUGAUCACAGAGCUGGCAAGAUUGUUGUAAAUCUCACAGGCAGACUAAACAAGUGUGGUGUCAUUUCACCUCGUUUUGAUGUUCCCAUCAACGAUAUUGAAAGAUGGACUAAUCUGCUCCCCUCACGACAGUUUGGUUACCUAGUCCUUACAACAAGUGGUGGCAUCAUGGACCAUGAAGAAGCCAGAAGAAAACACCUUGGAGGAAAAAUUUUAGGCUUCUUUUUCUAAGUUUACUUAAUACACGUCAAAAUGUA